AUGACCACCUCGCAUCCGAAAAUCACUUCCCAUAAAACCUUUCGCGCUGUCUCGCAAGAGUUUUCGAAUCCUUAUCCUCCGUAUGUUUUAGUCAACUCGCAGGACGAUGCAAAUUUGGUGUUGUCAGCGGGAUGUGAACUCGGAUAUCUGCUUGCUCUUGAAACCGACGGCCCAUCCGGCUCCAGAAUUCUUACCUUGAAUCAGGCUGGAGAGUAUCGUGGGCGCAUUGGAAUAAUCAUCUAUACGCUUCCAACGGAAAUGGACCUUGGGGCUAUAGCAGACCAAAUCCUCCCAUUGCUUGCCAUUGGUGGGACUGCAAUUGGAUUUGCGCCUUUGCAGCAGUUGGCACCGUGGAAAGAGGCAUGCUUCGCAUGGGCCAAGGUGCAGGAGACAAGUGCCACUCAAGAUAAAUCUCAGGGGGGCGUCGGGCUUGAAUGGGCCGAUAACAAUGCAAGUGGGUCUGGAGAUCAGUGGGCACAGUGGUCGGUGGUAAAGAAGGCCCCUGAAUGGGCGUUUUGCUGA